CUUCCCUCGUCAACAAUAACAUUGCGGUCUCGACCACAUCGACAUCCAAGCUCGCCAUGGACGUCGACAGCACUGUGGAAGCGCAGGCUGACCCCCAGGCCCUCGUCAAUGAGCUCGGCGAGCUCCUGGCCGAGCUCGAGGGCAAGCCGACCAACGUCCGGCUCCUUCGACGACAGCUCGAACUCAUGCUCGAGUUGGACAUGAUUGACGAGGCUACAGGCGUUCUUGAUUCAGUUUUGAGCUUGACAUUCCUUGGAGAGCAGGUCUGGCUGCGCCUGAUCAAUGCCAAAACAAAGCUCUCGGUUCAACCUCUGACCUUGGAGGGCUUUGCCGAUAUCCUUGAGCUCUACUCCAAGGCUGAGAAUGACUAUUUGUGUAAGUUUAUUGUCCUGCAGUGCGCCUCUAACCUCAUAACAGCUGCUGCCGUUCUGGAGCAUCACAUCAAUUUCAUUCUUCAGGCAGCUGGUGCUGCCAGUACCGACGACUCGGCCGACGAGCCGUGGACGGUGGACGCCGAGGUUGCCGAGUAUCUGAACACCGAAUCUGUGAGGGACCAACUCAAGGGUGCGGUGCAUCGCGGCAUUGGGCUGCUCAGCAACAGCCAACAGCUCUGGCAGCUCUGGCGCGACUGGGAAGUGAGCCUCCUCGGCUCGCUCGAGGGCGAGGAGAAGUCUGAACAGAUCAACCACAUUCACGAGAUGUACUUGGAAAGGCUACAGACACCACACUCAACAAUGGCGGAGACUUCAGGUGCCUACUCGUCCUUCUGCUCGGAAUACUCGCCCGACGAGUACGAGGGUCGAUUGGUCGCUGCCACCGAGGCUUCUCAAAACGCGCAAUGGAAGUGGUCCUCAGAGCGCCGGCAUGCCAAGACCAGGGCGGACUUUGAAGAGUCACUCGCAUACAGCACCGAUGUUGCCCAACAAGCCCAAGUCCUCCUCGGUUACGUUGACUGGGAGACUGAUCCGUUUGCGAAGAAGCCGAAAGGAAAGAAGGGCCCGAAGGUGGAUGUCACCCUUACGGCUGCCGCGUUCGAGCGCACAGUUGUUGUUUACGGCAAUGCGGCCUUCACUGCUGAAGACGCGUCCUUCGGGAAGGACUCUACGGUUGAAACACAGCUGGUGGAGACCGCUGCGGCUUACAAGACGGCCGAAGCCCUGGUUUGGUCACGAUACGUGGACUGGAUGGCUGAGAGCGGUGCGCUUGAUAGGGAUCAGCGAGACCUUGUGGUGGAUCGCGCGACUCGAGCUUGCCCGACCAGUUCAGAACUUUGGGUCCACAAGCUCAACGAUCUUGAAGCGGAAGUGGAUGUUCCGGAAAUCGAGAGCACAGCGGAAAAGGCAAGGAGCCUCGUCGUGGCGAAUGGCCAACCCGUGUCUGCGUUGGUUGAUAUCCUGUAUGCCCACGCGGCGAUCUUGGCAAGGCGGAACCGCUCGCUGGACGGAUCGCUCGAACACCCCGUCUUCCAGUUCCUCACCGAGGCCGUGGAGACUGUUACCGCAGUUUUCAAGUCGGGCGACCCAUCUCUGCGAUUGGAAAAAUACUUUAUUGCCUGGGCUGAAGCGUCGUCUCCCGAGCUUAUCCCUGGGGUCAUUGCAGUUCUUGAGAAACCCAUCAGGGCCCGAUUGUCCUCAUACCAGUGGGCUAUCUUGCGGGCCGAUGCGCAGGCUCGCACCGGGGACUUGGAAGCGGCGCGGCAUGUGUACGAAUCCGCAAUCCAGCGGACCGAUCUCGACUGGCCAGAGGCCGUAUAUGAGGCUUUUAUUCUGUUCGAGAAUGUGUACGGCGACCUCGACACCUUGUUGAAGGCCCGCCGCAGCAUUGCCCGUGAACAACAAAAGGUCAACAGGAGGCGGCAGAAGCAGGCCGAGCAAACACAGCAAGCUGCGCUCGAGGCAUAUCAGGCCGAGGCUGCCGCGGCGGCAGCCGCGGCGCCGACAGAAACACAGGGAGAGGUGACCACAGCUCCAGCGGCGGAUGCCGCCGACGUUGUGCUGACCGAAUCCACGGAGGCGCCGACCAACGGGGCACCCGAGAAGCAAGCGGAGGACGCCGAGGUGCAUCAGAAGAGGGACCGAGAGAAUACGACUGUCCUUGUUAGUGGCCUCAAGAAAGGCACUCAUGAGGACCGGCUGCGGUCGUUCUUCGAAGCGGUUGGCAAGAUUCGCGAAUGCACACUCCUGCCUGGUGAGGAGACUGACUCGGCACUAGUCGAGUUCCAGUUUGCCGAUGAUGUCCCCGCCGCCCUGGACAAGGACCGCAAGAAAAUCGAUGGUCACGAGGUACAUGUUGCCAUGCUGUGGCGGUCAACUCUCUUCGUGACCAACUUCCCAGCCAACAGUGAUGAUGCCUCUCUAAGGAAACUCUUUGGUCAGUAUGGCGGGAUCCUUCAAACCCGGUGGCCGAGUCGCAAGUAUGGCGACGCACGACGCUUCUGUUACAUUACAAUGGAGUCCCCUGCUGUUGCGCAAGAUGCCCUUAAUCUCAACCAGUUUAAGAUCGAUGGCGGUCACCCGAUGACCGUCCUGAUCUCGGAUCCAUCAGCAAAGACGAAGCGGAGCGAUGCGUCCAAGUCGACACUGUUUGUUGGAGGCCUCAAUGCCAAGACGACAGAGCAUGACGUCCGGGGCUUGUUCUCAAAGUAUGGCACACUUCUCGGCAUCAAGUUGGGAUGGGAUCCCGUUAAGCGUAUUUGUAAGGGUUUUGCCUUUGUUGACCUGUCCAAAGACGCCGAGGCCAAGGCUGCUCUGGAGUUGAACGGGACCCAAUACCGAGGCAAGUACCUCAAGGUGGAGCUCAGCGACCCGAAUCAUGCCAACAAGAAGAAGGCUCCACGACCAGCAGGGUCUGCUCCUGAUGCAAGUGGAGCUCGGGAAGCAUCGGAGCGACGCUCGAGGCAGGUUCGCCUGUAUGGACUGCCUGAAGGCAGCGAAGAGGGCCUCCUCCAGCAAGCACUUGAGAAGAUUGUGCCUGUCAAGCGCCUCGAGAUCUUCAGGUCCAGCCAUGAGGCACUUGUGGAGCUUCAGUCUCAGAGCGACGCCGGCUUGCUUCUGAUGCGCACGGAGCCCUUCGAGUUCAACGGAGCGACUCUCCGAAUCGGCGACCAGAGCGAGCGUGCGAAGCCCAGCGCGCCAGGGGGGGAGGCUGCUGCCCCAGCUGCUUCCGCUCCCCAGUCCUCUCUUGCGUUUGCUCCCCGUGCGCGCAAGCCGGCCAAGUCGCUCGGCAAGGCGUACCAGCCUCCGAAGAAGGCGGCGGCGACAGCAGCCAGCGUGCCGACGACCGGCGGCCAAGGACAAGACUCGUUCCGACAGUUCAUGACCGCCACCAACGAAAAGCGCAAGACCAAUCUCGACGCAAAGAUUGCAGAGAAGCGCGGGCCCGAGGACGAGCCAGAGGGUGAAGGCGAGGCGAAGAGAGCAAAGAAGGACUAGUCGAAGAAGAGCAAACUAGUCGAGCAGAAGGAAAACCAUCGAGCGCGCAAGAUCACGUCGUCGAUGUACAUACAAUGCAUGG